AUGUCAAAAUCGUCUUUUGUAGAUGAAACUUUGGAGUUCACAUCAAGCAUGCUUGGGGAGACAAUGGAAUCUGUCACGUCAUCUAAAACUAGUGAUAAAGCAAUAAAGGCUGAGGACAUGUCUGAAGAUAUUGAUGAUCAAUUUCUGGACCUUGCAUCGAGUUCAUCUCCACCUUUCUUGGUUCCACGAAAGAAACUUAGAGUAAAGGAAUUUGGUGUGAUUCCUAGUCUACGGAGCUUCAUGUCUAAAGCAUUUGUUUCUGAUGCCGUUAGUGGCCAGAUCAAGAAAAUUGUGCUGGGAGUCAACUUAUGCAGUGAAAGUCAAAGAGAGAAGGUGAUGAAGGCGUUAUCUGAGGUUAAGGGCGUGCGAACAAUUGAUUUUGAUACAAAUGAUGGGAGACUAACUGUUAUUGGGGAUGUUGAUACUAUGGAUGUUUUUGACCUUGUAUGGAAUAUUGAAGGCGUAUAUAUGAUAAGUGUAGAACCUGCAAAAUAAUCUUAAAAACACGAAACAGAUGAUUCUGCAUACAAAUGAUUGGCAAUUCCAAAGCUCCCGGGUGAAUUAUGGUUGAAGUAUAACUACCAUGUUUCUCCCAACAGAAAAUAGGAGAGCAACUGUCAUUAGAAUUGUUGGUACUGUGAUAGUGUUAACUUGUGUGAGGAAGAUUGAGACGAGAAGC